AUGGCAAAUUUGUUUCCCAUUCUACUGAUCGUGGUGGUCACAUGUUCGUCACAUUUUCUUCAUGUGCAUGCAUUCGUCAAGCUGUUACCCUUCGGCACGGAUGUGGAAUUUAUCAGCAAGGUGAAAAAUAUUAACCUAUCGCACACAUUUUACCGUCGCGAAUCCGUCACUGAUCAGUCGCUCGAUUUUGGAGUCACAAUCAUAAGCCCCAUACGUGAUUUGAAGCUUAACUUUAUUUACUAUUCGGUGACGGGCAAUGGAACGGUCAGAAGCGUACUGUUUAAGCGUGCGGUCGAUAUGUGUUUCUACAUGCAGAAUCCGAAAUCCGACCGUUUGCUCAAGGUGGUGUACGAUUAUGUGCGGCAGCGUACGAACCUACCGAAGCGAUGUCCCAUCCCUGCCGCCAACUACUACAUACGCAACGUUAAACCAGCCGACGUGCCGGUGCCGGCCUUUAUUCCCGAGGCCGAAUUCAUACUGGAGUUCAUCUAUCGGAACGAGGUAAAACGGGAAAUCAUGGUGGAGUUUCGGUUUUAUGGCAAGUUGGUAAGAGUUAUAGGAAAGUUAUGA